UCCUAGCCCGAGGGAUCCUGGGACUAGGCCUUUCAGGGAGGACCGGCUCGGCGUCUCGGGCUAGGCCAAUGUUCUAGGCCCAGGCCCAGGCCCGUGUUCCAGGCCCUUGCUCGAAGACAGGCUGGUGGCCGCCGCGACGCUCUAGUGACGGCGGAGGGUGCAGCGGGCCGCUCGCUGAGGUGCCCGGACUCGCCACCGAGCGAGCCGCGGAGCCGCAGUACGUGGCGGCGCCCCCCUCCUUGGCCCGAAGCGGAACUGCUGAAGGAGCGGCAUCGCUGGCCGGCCGGACGAGGUGAACCGGGUCAUUUAACUGCCUUUAGGUGAUGAAUCAUCUGCAUUAUCAUCAGAUUUGAGGUCCACAGCCAUUUGUGGUCCUUCUACGGGACAAUUUUCAGUGGCUGACUGACUGGUGUGUCCUUAGGGGUGCCACAGUGACUGCCCUUGAUAAGGAACCCGAGCUCUCCUGCUCUUUGGACAUCUCCUUUCUUGUAAAACAUUCGGGUUAUAACCUCUUUCUGCGGCUUACAUCUCUGCAAGAGGAAAGCUUUCACAUGAAAGUGUCUCUUGGUAACGGCGAAAUGGGCGUCUCUGCCCAUUUGCAGCCUUGCAAGACAGGAACCACACGCUUUUUUACCAGCAAUACUCACAGUUCGGUGGUAUUGCAAGGCUUUGAUCAGCUUAGAAUAGAAGGAUUGCUUUGUGAUGUGACCCUGGUACCUGGUGAUGGAGAUGAAAUCUUCCCUGUUCACAGAGCUAUGAUGGCAUCUGCUAGUGAUUAUUUCAAGGCUAUGUUCACAGGGGGAAUGAAAGAACAAGAUUUAAUGUGCAUUAAGCUUCAUGGAGUGAACAAAGUUGGUCUGAAGAAAAUCAUUGAUUUUAUUUAUACUGCAAAACUUUCUCUUAAUAUGGACAAUCUUCAGGACACCCUUGAAGCUGCCAGCUUUUUACAGAUUUUACCUGUGUUGGACUUCUGUAAAGUAUUUCUUAUAUCAGGAGUCUCUUUGGAUAACUGUGUUGAGGUUGGACGAAUUGCUAACACUUACAAUCUUAUAGAAGUGGAUAAAUAUGUGAAUAAUUUCAUCUUGAAGAACUUUCCGGCUUUACUGAGUACUGGGGAGUUUCUAAAACUUCCUUUUGAACGUCUUGCCUUUGUGCUUUCCAGUAAUAGUCUUAAGCACUGUACUGAACUUGAACUCUUCAAGGCAGCCUGUCGUUGGCUAAGGUUGGAAGACCCUCGGAUGGAUUAUGCUGCAAAAUUAAUGAAGAAUAUUCGAUUUCCACUGAUGACACCACAGGACCUCAUCAAUUAUGUGCAGACAGUAGAUUUCAUGAGAACAGACAACACCUGUGUGAAUUUGCUUUUGGAAGCUAGCAAUUACCAAAUGAUGCCAUAUAUGCAGCCAGUGAUGCAGUCAGAUAGAACUGCCAUUCGAUCUGACUCUACUCACUUGGUAACCUUAGGAGGAGUUUUGAGGCAGCAGCUGGUUGUCAGUAAAGAAUUACGGAUGUAUGAUGAAAGAGCACAAGAGUGGAGAUCUUUAGCCCCUAUGGAUGCUCCCCGUUACCAGCAUGGCAUUGCUGUCAUAGGAAACUUUCUUUAUGUAGUUGGUGGUCAAAGUAAUUAUGAUACGAAAGGAAAAACUGCAGUUGAUACAGUUUUCAGAUUUGAUCCUCGGUAUAAUAAAUGGAUGCAGGUUGCAUCAUUAAAUGAAAAGCGCACAUUCUUCCACCUGAGUGCCCUCAAAGGACAUUUGUAUGCAGUUGGUGGGCGCAGUGCAGCUGGUGAACUGGCCACAGUUGAAUGUUACAACCCAAGAAUGAAUGAGUGGAGCUAUGUUGCAAAAAUGAGUGAACCCCACUAUGGCCAUGCUGGAACAGUGUAUGGAGGCUUAAUGUAUAUUUCAGGAGGAAUUACCCAUGACACUUUCCAAAAUGAGCUCAUGUGUUUUGACCCAGAUACAGACAAAUGGACACAGAAGGCUCCAAUGACUACAGUGAGAGGUCUGCAUUGCAUGUGCACAGUUGGAGAUAAGCUCUAUGUCAUUGGUGGCAAUCACUUCAGAGGAACAAGUGAUUAUGAUGAUGUUCUAAGCUGUGAAUACUAUUCACCAACCCUUGACCAGUGGACACCAAUUGCUGCCAUGUUAAGAGGUCAGAGUGAUGUUGGAGUUGCUGUCUUUGAAAAUAAAAUCUACGUUGUUGGUGGAUAUUCUUGGAAUAAUCGUUGUAUGGUAGAAAUUGUCCAGAAAUAUGAUCCGGAAAAAGAUGAGUGGCAUAAAGUCUUCGACCUUCCAGAGUCACUUGGUGGCAUUCGAGCUUGUACCCUUACAGUUUUUCCACCUGAAGAAAACCCUGGAUCACCUUCUAGAGAAUCACCUCUUUCUGCACCUUCAGAUCAUUCUUAGGUCUAAGAUGUAUACCUUUGUAGUACAUCAUGGGUGAUCUCAUACUUCUUCAGUCGUAUCUUCUUACAGUGAAUGGUACAGUUAUUAGAUAAAAAGGUAACUGAUGUUAUUUGUCUUGUUUGGCUUAGUAUGUUUAUCAGAUGGUUAACAAAUGUAUUCUGAAAAUGUAUUCAACUUAGCUAGCUGUUUUAACAAAUGAAAAAAGAUGUAGAAAAUGUUUAGAUGUCUUUUUGUGGUGUUAUAUAAGUCAAACUGUAGGUGACUGUAGUAAAUAUAUAAUUUUGUUCAUUGUGCUUCAAAGUUGAAAGUUUUCAUAUUUGACAGCAAAACAUCAAAGGGAGGCCACCUGCUCUAACCUAAAAUAAUAAACAAAUGGUCGCCAAGUACUAUUAGCUACCUCCCUCUUUUCAUAGUUUCUGACAUACCUGUCAACUAAUUAGAUUGUGUGGUUGCAUUCAGAAUAUGUGAAGUUUCUUAGGCAGAUAGGAGAAAUAAUAUUAACUAGAAAAAACAUUGUAGAACUAAGUCAGGUUUUGGUAUCUCUCUAGAGAGAGAAAGAGAAAGAAGAAAGAAAAUAUACACACAUAAUACAAAUACACAUGCACACACAUACAUACUUAUGUAUAUUCGUACACACACACAUAAUUUUUAAAUUGGCACUUCAACUAUGGUGAAAUUGUUUUCAAAUUUAAAUUGUUUUCUUCUACAAAGCAGCUAUUUCUAUUCAAAUGGGAAUUCAAUGCCAGAGAAUAAAUAUCUAUAUAGUCAUACUGAAUUUAGAUAGAUAAGGGCUACAGCAUAUUAAAUUAACAACCAAAUUUGUCAUUUGGCUAAAUUGUUACUUCAGAUGAAACUUACAUUACUUUUUCUGCUUGUGUAUUCUGUAGAGUUGCUUUUACACCGAUUAGCCAAGUUCAGGUUUCAGAGAAUUGCUUUUGCUCAGUAAAUUUAGGCUCUGCUUUUUUCAUCUUUUUCAGUAAAAUUUAUGAUAUGAAAAAAGCAAAGAAAAAUAUUCUGAACAAAGCUAGAAAAUUUUAAGUUCAGUUUCCCAACUUAGUCAUCCUAACAUGAGUAUUUUGUGAUUUGGGGUGAUUGCCCUGGUGCUGCUCCAGACCAUGUGCAUCCUGAGCUGUGUGAUCUGCCUCAAGAUUAUGAUUCCCAGCACGCAGGAGAUACACUCUCUUCUGCAUCAAGUCAGAAAAAUGUCCAUUUGGCCAUGUCUCAAGGACAGGACCAAUUUCAGAUUCCCUAAGAAGCCAGCUACAGAAAGCCUAGAACACUGUUGUCUUACAGGCAGUACUUAAGUAGAUCUUCAGGCUCUUUGAUACAGAGGGUAUUGCUACUGGUUGAGAACCACAUGGGGAGCUUUAAUGGGACCUUAUCAGCAAAUGGAAUUAUAGGUGUCCUCUGUAAUGAGUGAUUCUAAAGAGGUACUUUCCUGGAAUAAUUGUCUACCUGAAGAAAAAAUGUUAUGUAUACAUAUAUAUGUAUAUAUAUCUAUAUACCUGGGAGAUUGUGAGAGUGUAAAUCAGGAAGAAUUUUCUCUUUAUUGACAAUCCCAUAAUAAAACUCAGGAACCAAAGCAAAAGGAAUUGGCUUCUAGGGAUCUGGACCUUACUGCCCAUACAAGUGUUGAUUCAUUUUAAUGCUUUUUAUGAUUUCUGCAUUGGCAGAAAUUUUCAUACUUUCUGUGUUUUUUUAAUGACUCAGUUUUUUAUUACUAAAAAUAGCAUAUUUGAGUACAUUUAGAAAAAGUAGAAAUUACUGUUAAACUUUGUUGUAUUAAUAGCAAGAAAUGACAUCCCAGUCCUUUCCUUGAAUAUUAAUAAGGUUGAAUAUUUGUGUAUUAAUAUUUUGGGUAGCUGUAUUUCCUCUUUGAUCAACUGUUCAUGUCCUUUGCCCUUGUGAUACCUGUUGAAGUUGCUUUGUUUUUCAUAUCAAGUUAUAGAACUCUUUAUAUAAUAAAUAUAAUUUAACU